CGACUGCCAUAAACCAUUCUCUGUGCAUAACAUCCCCAACACAAACCAAAAAAUUAAUUUGAACACGCAGAAACUCAGAGAGAGAGCCACCACCAAUUUCUGAGUUUCCAAUCAUUUCCAUAGCCUCCCGGAAGAAAUGAACGACUUGCUCUCAAGCUCCUUCUCAGGGCCCUCGCCGGACCACCAUGUCAUCGAAAUGACCCCUUCGAAAGGUGACGACCUCGGCAAGUUCUUCCAGGAAGUCGACGCUGUCCAGAGCAAGCUCGACGAGCUGCAGAAGCUCAACAAGAGUCUUCGGAGCUCCCACGAGCAGAGCAAGACCCUCCACAACGCCAAGGCUGUCAAGGAGCUCAGAACCCGCAUGGACGCUGACGUCCACCUCGCCUUAAAGAACGCGAAGAUCCUUAAGGUGAGGUUGGACGCCUUGGAUCGGUCCAACGCCGCCAACCGGAGCCUGCCUGGCUGCGGCCCCGGAUCAUCGUCGGACCGGACAAGGACAUCUAUGGUCAACGGGCUGAGGAAGAAGCUCAAGGAUUCUAUGGACAGCUUUAAUGACUUGAGGCAGAAGAUAUCGUCUGAGUAUAGAGAGACUGUUCAGCGUAGGUACUUCACCGUUACCGGAGACAACCCUGAUGAGAAAACCGUUGACCUUCUUAUCUCCACCGGUGAAAGCGAGACAUUUUUGCAGAAGGCAAUCCAAGAGCAAGGAAGAGGGAGGGUUCUGGACACCAUAUCCGAGAUCCAAGAGAGGCAUGAUGGUGUGAAAGCCAUGGAGAGGAAUCUGAAUGAGCUGCACCAGGUGUUCAUGGACAUGGCAGUUCUGGUGCAAGCUCAAGGUGAGCAGCUGGACGACAUUCAGGGCCACGUGGAGCGAGCUAAUUCGUAUGUGCAUGCCGGCAAUCAGCAGUUGCAGAAGGCCAGGUUCUUGCAGAAAAACACCCGAAAAUGGACCUGCUAUGGCAUCAUAAUCUUGCUCAUCAUCGUCGGCAUUAUUUUGGCCUCAACGCUGCCUAAUUAAGUACAUAGAUCAUCGUCUGCGUGCGGUCGUCCAUCUAUACUCUUGUUUUUAUUUUCCCAUAUAUAUAUAUAUUUAAUGCUGGAGGUGCUCUCUAUGUAUAUUGUAAGUAUAUUUGAUUUUUGGAUGGGAUAUUUGUAUGAUAUGUAGCAUUUUUCUCUGUUAAAGAAUUUGUCUGAUCAAUUUUUUUUAAUUUCCAACUAGUUUAAUAGAAUUUUGUAACAAAGUAUUCUCCU